AUGCAAACUUUCAGUCUCAAGCCUUGGCAGGCUCUCGUCAUACUUAUUGGGAUAAGUCUUUUUGUAGGAUCUUUCGGGACCUGCUUUGGCACGGUGGCUAGUUCUUUAGAUGUUGCUGUGCGGAAAGCGUCAGCUGAGAACGCAGAGUUGCGGGCUGUUGUUUCCCAACUCCGGGCGCACGUGUCUGCAUUGGAACAGAACGACCAAAACCUGGCGACUAUUCGUUCACAAACUACUCGGUUUGAUCUGAAUGAACUCCUUCGUGCGUCCGGUACGACUGGGAAUGGAAACUUGGUGCUCGAGUGCGCGGAAGCAGGUCGGUUGCUGUACCGCUUUACCUGUGGAACAGGUGGUACGACAACCUCGACUUUUACGGGGGUAGCGACCUGCACGUAG